CACACGUCAACAACCACUGACGCUUGGCGCGACAGUACACACGAACGGUUUCCGACGCGCGCAAUACCUCAGGCUAUUCGCGAUCUGUAAAUCUUUCUUCGAUCUUUCUAGGCCAUCCACACAACAUGUCCGCCGAAGACUCCCAGAACUCCGCUGGCAAUGCCAAUGCGAUCAACGACCAGCUUGAGCGCUUGAACGUAGAUGGCGAGGCAGCUGAUGCGACCCCUCGCACCGAGCAAGAGUAUGCUGAGUCGCAGCUCACUCUCCGCGCCAUAGUUUCUUCCAAGGAAGCUGGUGUCAUUAUUGGCAAGGCGGGCAAGAACGUGGCUGACCUGCGCGACGAGACUGGCGUGCGCGCCGGUGUCAGCAAGGUCGUUCAAGGUGUUCACGAUCGCGUCCUCUCCGUCACUGGCAGUCUGUCUGGCAUUUCCAAGGCGUACGGUCUCGUCGCCAAGGGCCUGCUUGAGGGUGCGCCGGCCAUGGGCAUGGGCGGUGUCAUUCGCAGUGACGGCACUCACCCAAUUCGCCUCCUCAUCUCACACAACCAGAUGGGAACCAUCAUUGGUCGCCAAGGCCUGAAGAUUAAGCAGAUUCAGGAUGCUUCUGGUGUUCGCAUGGUUGCUCAGAAAGAGAUGCUUCCUCAGUCUACCGAGCGCAUUGUCGAAGUUCAGGGCUCGCCGUCAGGUAUCGAGAAGGCUAUCUGGGAGAUUGGCAAGUGCCUGAUCGAUGAUCACGAGCGCGGCUACGGCACUGUACUCUACAACCCCGCUGUGAGAGUCCAGCCUGGUGCUGGACCCCUCACGACCAACAACGGUGGUGCCACGACAGGCCUUAGCUCUGGACGUUCGUACAACCGCACUGGUCACGGUGCCGAUUUCAGCGAUUCGCCCCCGUCGACGUUCCAGCGCCGCUCCGGUUCCGACGCCGCAAACCGACCCCCACCCCCGACCCACACUGAAGAUGGAGAAGAGCUGCAGACGCAGAACAUCAGCAUUCCUUCCGACAUGGUUGGCUGCAUUAUCGGUCGUGGCGGCAGCAAGAUCAGCGAGAUCCGCAAGACUUCUGGCGCGCGCAUCUCCAUUGCCAAGGCCCCCCACGAUGACACCGGCGAGCGCAUGUUCACAAUCACUGGUAGUGCUAGUGCCAACGAGAAGGCGCUUUACCUUCUGUACGAGAACCUCGAGGCUGAGAAGAUGCGCCGCAGCCAGGCUCAGGACUAGAGAUCUUGACCGACAUUCUUCACGUCUCUGCCGGUUCGAAUUGCUGAGCCUCGCACCUGACGUGUGACCUCGGGAAAGCGUACGUCAGACGAAAAGUAUGGGUGUGCUUGCCCU